ACUGACAGUAAACCCUCAGUCACCAAGUGGGUUUGUGGACAACCCUGAGCUGGCAGAAGUUUUGAAGGAGAUAAAUAAAUGGAACUCAACAACACAGGCGCCAAAUAAUGUAAUGACGGAGAGUUCAACGACUGCAGUAAUACCUCAAAAUUCUGAAAAUAAUAAUAAUCAGGCUGCCUCUAGUUCAACAGAGGGAAAUGUUUCAAGUUCAACUACAGAGGGUAAAAUUUCGACUCAGCAAGUUUUUGAGGAAACAACCAAGAGCGUUACAAUUGCGCCUAAUCAGAUGCAAACCGAUGGCCAAAAUGUGGCUAGUAACUCUCAAAUCUCAAUUAUAGAUCAAAAUACCCCAAGUGGCCCAAGUACGGAGAAGAUAACCACCGAUGCUGCAAAUACCAACCCAACAGAUGAGCCUGGUGUCUCAGAAAAUUCAAGUGAGAGCAGCACAUUGGAAACGGCGACAGAGGACAAAGUGGAUUCAACAGAAAGCACCACCACUCCGGAAUUUCCAAUCAUGAAAAAGUCGGCCCGGUCUGAAAUUUUGGCAAGCGACGAGCCUCCGCAAAGAGACAAACCGCAAAAGUCGGUAAAUUGUAACAACCGUGCUCAUUUUCCGCCGCCCUGGUUUUACGUCCCACAACCAGAAACUCGCCCUUCAAAUGAAAAAGUUAAGUUGCAAGGCUAUUUCCUUGUGCCGUUUUCUUUCUAUCCAUCCGCCGCUCAAGAUGCAUCUUCAGAAAUCUCCACCUCAUCUGAACCUGCAGUAACGACGCCAACCCUCCCUACUGCUGAAGAAAGAAUUGCGUAGAAGAAUUAACAAAAGUGCACAACUAGGUGUUGGUAAUGGGCAAUGAAAAUGCAUAAAA